UGUGCAGUGCGUUGUGUGUGCUUGGCUCCCACCACUUUCUCUCUCUGCACUUUGAAAACUUCGAAAGCCUCUGGCAAGCUAAGCACGGACAGCCCUCCGUUUUCGUUGUCGGCAUGUCAACCCUCUCCUCCUCCUCUUUCUCCCGUGCACUCCAUCAGCAGUGCUUCCUCGCUCUAAAAAUGGGAGCCGGGCACUGAGGCGGAAGAGCAAGGCGCCCUUCAUCCAUUAGCCAGCCAAGGUGAUUUCUGAGCCAGCCAGGAGCUUGACAGUCACAGGGAUGGAGCAGUACGAGGUGCUGGAGCAGAUUGGGAAGGGUUCGUUCGGCUCGGCGCUCCUGGUGAGGCACAAGGCUGAGAGGAAAAGGUAUGUCUUGAAGAAGAUCCGCCUCGCACGCCAGACCGACCGGUGCCGCCGAUCAGCACACCAGGAGAUGGAGCUCAUCGCAAAAGUAAGGAAUCCUUACAUUGUGGAAUACAAAGAUGCUUGGGUGGAGAAGGGUUGCUACGUGUGUAUUGUCAUUGGUUACUGCGAGGGAGGGGACAUGUCAGAGGCCAUUAAGAAGGCUAACAGUAACCAUUUCUCAGAAGAGAAACUUUGUGUGUGGCUUGUGCAGCUCCUGACGGCACUUGAUUACUUGCAUGCCAAUCAUAUCCUUCAUCGUGAUGUUAAGUGCUCAAACAUAUUUCUCACAAAGGAUCAAAACAUAAGGCUUGGUGAUUUUGGUCUUGCUAAAGUCUUAACUUCUGAUGAUUUAGCUUGUUCAGUUGUGGGAACUCCAAGUUACAUGUGCCCUGAACUUCUUGCUGACAUUCCAUAUGGUUCCAAGUCUGACAUAUGGUCCCUCGGCUGCUGCAUCUAUGAGAUGGCUGCUUUCAAGCCUCCAUUCAAAGCAUUUGAUAUGCAAGCACUGAUAAAUAAGAUUAACAAGUCUGCUGUACCUCCUCUACCAACGAUGUACUCUGGUGCAUUUAGGGGACUCGUCAAAAGCAUGCUGCGCAAAAGUCCAGAUCAUAGACCAAGAGCUGCAGAACUGCUUAAGCAUCCACACCUUCAGCCAUACGUGUUUGAACUCCAAUUGAAAUCCACUCCUCGCAAUUUGUUCUCUGCUAAGCUUCCUACCAGAUACGUCACAAAUAAGGCUGCGGUUUCUGAUGCCGAAGACAAUUGUCCACCAAAAUACAGCAAGAGCCAUUCAUUUAAAUUGGACAGGCAUGGUCGUCCUGGUUCUACAACUCGGAAAGACUGUCCAGAACUAAGUGAACAAAUGGAGGGAUUGUCAGUCCAAGUCACCAAGAAUGUUAAUGAUGAACUGAUACAUGAGAAGUAUCCAAAAGUUACAACGUCUCCUGCACCUACUCCGAGAAGAGCUUCAUCGACACCAAGACGACGACUAGAAGCUUCAAAGACAUUUCAUGCUAGAACAGCACAUAAGGAGCAAUCUCAAAGGUCAAGGUCUUCAGCAAACCAAGCGAGUCAAGCACGGAGAGAAUCACUCCCCAUGCGUAUGAUCAAAACUCCUGAUAAGAGGCAGGCCACUGACAUUCUCACUAGAUUGAAAUCUCCUGACGUUUCAGUAAACUCUCCUCGAAUAGACAGAAUUGCUGAAUUCCCACUGGCAUCCUUUGAAACCCCAUUACAUCGCAUCACAAAGCUCACAUCGCCAUCUAUCAUUGACCAAUAUAUUACCAAGGACAAGUGCACUUUCCAAGUGCUCCGAAGCGAUAGCGAAAACUACACUGACUCUCCUGACGUCGACCUUCUUGGUUCUGACAAUUCACCUAGGAGUUCAUCGAAUUUGAGGCAGAGGAGGUUUGACACGAGGUCUUACCAGCAGAGAGCUGAGGCUCUAGAGGGAUUGCUUGAGUUCAGUGCUCAAUUGCUACAGCAGGAGAGGUUUGAGGAGUUGGGGAUCUUGCUGAAGCCAUUUGGACCCGGUAAGGCAUCUCCAAGAGAGACAGCCAUAUGGUUGUCAAGGAGUUUGAAAGAAACUGGAUUAUAACCAGCGGCCUGUAAGUGCAACACUAAACCUGCAAUGACUUUGUAUCUUCACAAGCUUCAACCUACCCUGUACAGUUACAGUAUUGUGAUUUUUUCACUUGACUGGUCUGGUCUUAGUGGAACACUGCAACAUGUUGACAUGGUUAGUUCGGCAAUCAUCUGCUUUCUGUAAACCUGUAAUAACAUGCUUGAGAAUUUACCAAUCAGAUGAAAAAUAGCUUAGAUGCCUGUGAAUUUGUAUCUUGAAAUCAUGUAAAUCAGCAAGAGUUGACAUUUGGAGAGCCCCUUUCUAUGACGCAGCUUGAUAUCGUUCAUUGUCAUUGCAUUUUGUACUUUUCUUCAGGUCAUGAAAACAAUGAAGUGUUCAUGGUCC